AAAUGAAAUUAAAAACAUAGAGUAACACGAAAACUGAAACGCUUGCCGAUUCAGAAAAGAAAAAAUUAAGCAAAAAAAAAAAACAAGCAUCGCUUCAGAUCUAAGAGAACGGUAUUUUCAAAUACACUCGACAUUCACCUCACCAAACCAGCCGUUCAAUCGGAGUGGCGAUCUGUUUAAUCUAAUGGCUAUAGGUAGCUGUUAACAACAUAUUGAAUUGGAUUGGAUGGAAAAAAACAAGAGCCGGACCGAUAUGUUGGCCGCCGGACGGAAAAAGCUUCAACAGUUCAGGCAAAAGAAGGAUAAUAAAGGAAAUAGUAGCAAGCCAUCGGGUAAAGGUGGUAAAUCCGGGCAUGAUAAGACGGAAGGCACAUUUGCUGAAGCAGCUGGAGAAUUAUCCAAUCAUGAUACUGUUGAUAUUUCAGAGUCAAGUUCUGGAGUGGUUGCAGAGGCAAGUGAUACAGCUACUGGUAUAUCCAAGCAUGAUGUAACAGGAGACGCUUCCAAUGACACAGCCGUACAGCAGCUACAUGAUGCCGAUGGACAGAUAUCCAAGCAUGAUGCAGAAGAUACUACUGCUUUACCAGAGUCAAUUCCUAGAGUGGAUACAGUGGCAAGUGAUGCUGCUUCUAGAGUAGAUCCAGUAAAAAGUGAAAGUCCGGUUGCUAAUAAAGAUACUUCAGCAAAGGGUAAAGUUGGAAUAGCAUGUCUUUUGGAUGUUACCGGAUUCCCACCAGAGGGAUCGAGAACAGAUAACACUAGUGAUGGGCACGAUGUAGAUAUUAGGGCUUCUCCGGAGGAUGGAUCAUCUUCUCUGGUUCUUGAGGACACAACCAUUAAUGUCCCAGCAAUGGUUUUAGAUGAGAGGUCAGGAGAUUCCAAUUUACUUUUGCCCACUGAUUUUUCAUUUGGACUGGAGAGGGAGCAUGGGGAAGAGCAGGUAACAGAUGUAGGGGCAAUGCAGGAAGUUGGCGGUUCCGGUGGAAAUGAAACUGAUGACCGCAUGGUGAAUUUUCUUGAUGGAGAUAGCAAUCCUCCUACAGAUGAUGCUAAAGAUUCUAUUGCAGACAGAAGGACAGCUGAUUCAGGGAAUAGGUUUGUGGAGGAGAAUAUCUCUGUUGCCACACAACUCAGCAAGAUUGACAUGGCAUCAUUGGCUGAUUCUGUUGCCAACUAUGCUGGAGAAGCUGAAGAGCCCCGUGACCAUUCUUUUGGCACUUCUCCUUUAACUGAGUCCUCAAUGAUGUCAACCGUAAGAUCUGUGGCAAUGGGUCAUGAGAGAGAUGUCACAUCAUUUGGUCCAAAUGAUGAGAAACCAGAGGCAGUUAAUUUCUCAGAUACAGAAGGUACUGAAGCAAACUCUGGAUUUUUUGAGGUUGAAAGAUCUUACGAGGUUGAAAGUAACGAUAAGGAUAAUUUCUUAGCAUGUAAACACAUAGACCUGUCGUCGAUUUUGGAUGGAAGUGUGGUCAAACUUUCCCACCUUGCAGAAAUUUUACAGGUACUUGAUCAAGAUGAAUUCAGGUACAUAUUCAUGUCAAGAGAAUCAUCAGCUGAGAAACCUAGAAAUGCAGAUAAGCGUCAAGCUUCUGAUGAUGUCAUUCAUGAUUCUUUUGAGAGGCUCAAAGAACAUUUGUAUAUGACAAGUUUGUCAAAGGAUGCGUGUUAUUUACAACUGUCUGAGCAUCAAAAGGGGAUUGAUGGAAUUUCAGUCAACUCUUCACUUGUUGAAGUCGAAGGGAAAAAUGAUACAAUUGCCAAAGAAAUUGUGCAGUACAGAAAUGAGCUCCAGGAGGCUUUAUCAGAGAAGGUAGAGCUCGAGAAGCAGCUUCAGUUAUCAAGAUCUGAGGCUGAUGUUUUUGCUGCUAAAGUUAAUGAAUUGCAGAAUAAACUAGAAAUGACACAAGGAGAAAUGUCAGGCAUAUUUUCUGAGCUAGUUGAGUGCAGGAAUUUGGUACAAGCCUUGCAAUCUGAAAAUGAAAACUUGAAUAUAAGUUUCAAAAUGAUGAUCGAGGAAAAAAACAAACUUUCACGGGAGACUACAAAUGUUUUGCUGGAGAAUGAAAAAAUCACUGAGGAAUUAUAUCAGCACAGAGUUUCUUUAGAGUCAUUCCAGACUUUAAUACAAGAUGACAGGAAAAGACUUGAGCAUGAAAAUUAUGGCAUGAUCAAUGAGAAUAGUAAAUUACUUGCUGGACUGGCAGAGUGUGAGAAUACAGUGGAAGUUCUAAGGGUGGAAAACAAAAAUUUGAAUGAAAUUUUGACAUCUUUAUCAGAAGAAAGAAAAAAAUUUGAUGAGGAAAAAGUAUCGAUGGACCAUCAGAUUAGCAAAAUGUCAGAAGAAUCAGUUAACUGCAAAGAAAUGAUUCUAACUCUUCAGACGGAGAUUAUCAGCCUGAAUGAGCAUAUGAGAUCCAUAUCUGAGGAGAAGAGCAAGCUUGAAGAAGAGCAGAAUACAAUUUUCAGUGAGUAUGAAAAGCAAUAUCACAAGUUAGUGGAGUUCAAUGUUCUGGAAGCUGUUCUGCAAGCAGAAUGCUGUAAGUCAGUGAAGGAUCUAAAAGAAGCCAGAACUUCCAUUAAGCAUUACACUGAUGAAAAUAAAUCCCUCUGUGCUGAUUUAGAGUUUCACAAGAUCAAACUAAAAGAUAUAGAUUGUCAGAAAAACUCAACUCAGUUUGAUGAAGUUGAAAGUCAAGGUGUUAAGAAUGAUACUGGUGUGUUGCACGAGUCAAAAUCUCAUCAGUCAUCUAGUAGACAGAUGAAAUUGGAUGUUUACAGUGAUGCCUUUGGAUUUUUAGCACUAAAAAGGAACUUGGAGGAAGCAGGAGUUUUAAUGCAGAAACUUGAGAGGGAAAUUGAAAGUAUGCACUUAGAAUCAUCUUCAUUGAAUAGAUCAACGGAUGCUGUUUCCCCUGGAGUGUCACGAUUGAUUCAAACUUUUGAGCCAAAUGGUUACACAGAGAAGGAUGGCCAAGAUCCAGAGAAAUCCCCUUCAUCUGAAGGCCACACAACUGAAGACUCACACAUGAGGACCAAAAUGGUUGCACAAAAUCUGAAGAUAUUGCUCAAAGAAUUAGUAAGUGAUGCUGAGGAUGCCAGUGAAUUUUGUAGAGUUAAGCACAGCAAAGUACUGGCUAAUGCUGCUGGAACAGACUUGAGCAAGUAUGAUGCGUUGGAAGAGCACGAUGAUCAAGUACAGGAAGCAAAUAUAGAGCUUAUGGUUUUUAAUGAGGCUAUGAGAGAGCUUAUCCAUCAUGGUGUUGCAAAACAGAGUGAACUUCUUGGUCAAUGUGAUGCCAUGCAGAAGCAAGAAGCUGUUCUAAAAUUAGAGAACCAUCAUCUUCAAGAGAAGAUGAAUGACUUUCAAGGUCAUAUUAACGAGCUGCAGGUUCAAUUGGAGGGACAUUGUAGAGACUCGGAUCAGAUGACUUCUUCAAUUUCCAAUCAAUUGCAAGCACUCCAAUCAGAAGUGUCUGACAGAGAAUUGAUUCUCCAAGAAGAACAGAGUUCUGUUGCAGCUCAGAUUCUUAAGACUGUUGCCAUGCUGGAUUCUACUGCCAAUAAUAUUUCUGCCAACCCAUUGCCUAUUGGAAAUAGCAACCCUGAUGUUGUUGGCUCUGUUGCUGCUUCUGUUGAUGGUGCCUGCAAAGUGAUUCAGGGUUUUCGUGGACAACUUGAGGCUGCUCAAAGUGAAUUUCAAGAAAUGUCUCACAAAACUGAUGUAGCUCUGAGCAUUCUGCAUAGACUUUACAGUGAACUUGUGAGGACUUUAUUUGGGUAUGACCCAGAUGCAGCUAACAAAGUCAUGGCUGAUGGUAAAAGGCUGGAUCUUUUACAUCCUAAUUUUUUUGAUGCCAUAUUGGACCAAUUGAAAAAUCUUUAUAGUGAGAGAUUGGAGCUUCAGUCUACAAAUACACAACUCAGUUCACAGAUGACUAACACAGCAAGGGAGACUGAUGAACUGCAAAAGUUAUGUCUAAAAUCAGAUACUGUUCUCAAGUUAAUUGACGAGAUCGAACAAUCAGUGAAGUUGGAGAGGCCAGCUGUGUCUGCAGAUGAUCCUGCCUCACUCCUGGAGUCUCUGAUUCAUUUACUCAUUCAGAAAUGCAGAGAAACCGGUCAGGGCUCAAGCUUAUGUGCAUCUCUAGAAAUGCAUGUACAUGAUUUGCAGGGUGAAGUGGAACGCUUGAACUUUGUUCUUAUGGAAUAUGGAAAUGAGAACCUGGUUUUUAAGCACAGUCUGAAGAGUGCGCAAGAGGUUGUUAUUGCUCUCAAUUCUAAAGUGCAAGAGAAAGUUGCUGAGUUAGAACUGUCUGAACAGCGAAUAUCAUCCCUUAGAGAGAAGUUGGGUAUUGCAGUUACAAAGGGAAAAGGCCUUAUUUCACAACGCGAGAGUCUCAAGCAAUCAUUAGCUGAAACGUCCAAGGAACUGGAGAAAUGUUCGCAGGAAUUACUAUCUAAAGAUGAAAGGCUUCAUGAAGUUGAAACAAAAGUAAAAGUCUACGCUGAGGCAGGUGAGCGCAUGGAAGCCCUGGAAUCUGAGCUCUCCUACAUUCGCAACUCAGCUACUGCACUAAGAGAGUCAUUUCUGCUUAAGGAUUCUGUCCUACUGAGAAUAGAAGAGAUUCUAGAAGAUUUGGAGCUUCCAGAGAACUUCCACUCCAAUGAUAUAAUUGAUAAGAUUGAUUGGUUGUCAAAAAUGGUUGGAAAUCACUCCUUGCCUCUUGGUGAAUGGGAUCACAGAAGCUCAGCUGAGGGAGUUUCAUAUUCUGAUGCUGGAUUUGGUAGUUCAGAUGGCUUGAAAGAAGAUAUGCAGCCAACCCCUACUUCUAGUGAGGAUUUAAGGAGAAGAUAUGAAGAACUGCAAAACAGAUUUUAUGGGUUAGCUGAGCAAAAUGAGAUGCUUGAACAGUCAUUAAUGGAAAGGAACAACCUUGUGCAGCGGUGGGAAAUUUUUUUGGACACAGUAGAUAUGCCAUCUCAUCUGCGAUCUGGGGAACCUGAUGAUAAGAUUCAGUGGUUGGGAAGUGCACUAUCAGAGGCACAAAACCAUUCUUAUUCUCUCCAGCAGAAGAUUGAUAACUUGGAGACUUUUUGUGCAUCCCUAAGAGCUGAUGUUGAAGAUUCACAAAGAAGAACAUCUGAGCUUGAAGCAGCUUUCCAUCAGGCUUGCUCAGAAAAAGAAAUCCUAACCAAGGACUUGGAGAUACUGAGACAAGAAAAUGAUGAAAGCAUAAAAAGAAUAGCUGAUUUUUCUCUUAGAAAUGAGAAUCUUCAGAAUGAAUCAAGUUUGUUGCAAACACAGAAACUUCGGUUGGAGGAAGAUAAGGAUCACAUUGAGGAUGUAAUUAGAAGACUGAAGGAAAUGGUUAAGAAUGCUCUUCAGGAUUCUUGUCAUGAAGAUGUGGUACUUGAUCAGGAGGGGGUUGGAUAUUUUGAAGAGAUAUUGAGGAAGCUAGUAGAGGAACAUAAGACACUAUCAUCUGGGAACCUUGCUAAUGUGGAUUCUACUGAUGUGCACAUCACUGGAAAGGAGGAGCUGUCUAACACUUCCAGAGAUUUUGAAGAGCAGGAUGUCACGACUUUAAGCAAAAACCUAGAUGAAUCUAUGGGUGAGCUAAUGAGCUUGAAGGAGGAGAAAGAUGGAUACAUGCAGACCAAUCAAUCCUUGGUCCGUGAAUUGCAGGAGCUGGAAGUAAAAAAGAAAGAAUUGGAAGAGCUGCUUAGCCAAGAAGAGCGAAAAUCAGCUUCUUUGAGAGAGAAGCUAAAUAUUGCUGUUAGAAAAGGGAAGUCCUUGGUGCAACAGCGAGAUGGCAUGAAGCAAUCAAUCGAAGAACUAAAUGCUGAGGUUGAGCGCCUCAAGUCUGAGAGCAAGCACACUGACAAAACUAUUUCUGAGUUUGAGGAACAGAUCAAGGACUUGUUGGCUGCCCGCGACAGGCUACAGGUGGUGGAAUCUGAAAAUAGUGUCCUCAGGGAUCGCCUGGCAGAAACUGAACGCUAUAUGCUGGAGAAAGAGGGUAGCUGGAGCAAUAUUUUGAAUGCUCUGGGUGAAAUAGAUGUUGGAUUUGAAAUUAAUUCUGUAAAUCCUGUUGAGAGGAUAACAGAAAUAGGGAAGUACUUGCAUGGUCUACAUGGUCGAAUGGAUUCCCUUGAACAAGAUUCAAGAAAAUCUAAAAGAGCAGCUGAACUACUGCUUGCAGAGUUGAAUGAAGUUCAGGAAAGAAAUGAUGGCCUUCAAGAUGAACUAGCAAAAGUUGUUGAUGAACUUUCAGAAGCUUCCAGGCAAAAGGAUUUAGCUGAAAAUGCCAAACAUGAAGCUGUUGCACACAUUGAAAAACUGUCUGUUUUUAUGACCCAAAUUGAUUCUAUCCGGGAGAGAAUUCAUGAUCAUUCACGUUUAUUACAAGAAGAAUCAUUUCAGUUAUCUGAAGUCAUCAUGAGUGUUCGUAGAGAAUAUGCUUCUGAGAAGGAGUUCUAUGAAUCUGUGAAGAGAGAUGCUGAUCAUUUGCAAUCAAUUGACAAAGAGAAGGAGUCAAGAUUGCAUAUCUUGCAAGGGAACAUUUCAUUGUUGUUUGAAAGCUGUGCUAGUGCAAUUUCAAGACUUGAAAAUUGGGAGGAACAUAUGGUUGAAAAUUCAUUGGCAUCUAGAUCUCCACAGAACUUAAAUUCUCAAAAUCAAAUUGGAGGAAAUAUUUCCGUAGGCGAUGCUAGCAUCUUCAAUGAGGAAAGCAUUAGGAACAUGUGCGACAAACUAUCACUGGUUGUGGGGGAUUCCAUAAGCAUGCAUACUAAUGAGUUGGGCAGAGUGAUGGAAGUUGGGCAGAGUGAGAUGAAGAGUACCAUAAUGAAUUUACAGAAUGAACUUCAAGAGAAGGAUAUCCAGAAAGAGAAAAUUUGCAAGGAACUUGUUGGUCAAAUAAAGGAAGCUGAAACUAAUGCAAAGAAUUAUUUACUUGACCUUCAGCAGGCAAGGGUAAAGCUAGAUGCUUCACAGAGACAAUUGGAUGUAAUGGGUGAGGAGCGCAAGUUGUUGGAACAGAGAGUGAAAGAACUCCAAGUUAAUGAAACUAAUGCCAUAGAUUUGCAGCAGAAUGUCAACUCACUGACAGAUGCACUAGCUGCAAAAGUACAAGAAUGUGAGGGGCUGAUGCAAGCCCUUGAUGAAGAGGAGACGGAAAUGGAAAACCUUGCAAACAAGAUUGUGGGGUUUGAAAAUGAGUUGCAUCAAAAGAACAAAGACUUGGAGAACCUUGAAGCUUCCCGUGCUAAAGCUUUAAAGAAGCUUUCUGUUACUGUGAGCAAGUUUGAUGAAGUUCAUUAUCUCUCUGAAAAUCUCCUAUCUGAGGUUGAGAAACUCCAAUCCCAGCUGCAAGAUAAAGAGGAAGAGAUUUCUUUCCUUAGGCAAGAGGUUACUAGGUGCACUAAUGAUGCACUAGCUGUCACACAAAUGAACAAGAAGAGUUCUGAUGAGAUUCGGGAGGUACUUGCUUGGUUUGAUUCCUCGGUAUCUCAUUUAUUGGUCAAUGAUGUGACUAUUGAUUAUUCGAAUCAUCUGGUCGACGAAUGUAAAGAGGUAUUACAGAAGAAAAUUUUAAACUUGAUGUCUGAAUUGGAGAAUCUUCGUGUGACGACCCAGAACAGAGAUAUACUGUUGCAAGAAGAGAGAGCUAAAGUGGAUGAACUAACACAGAAAGAACAGCAUCUGAAGAACUCAUUACGUGAAAUGGAAUCUCAAAUAGUUAUGCUUCAAGGUUCUGGAGAUUCUGAUAAGGCUACAUUAUCUUCUUCCGAGAUUGUGGAGGUUGAGCCUACGGCAAACAAAUGGACGUCUAGUGGGACCAUUGCUACGCAAGUUCGCAGUUUGCGGAAACCAAAUAAUGAUCAAGUUGCUGUUGCAAUAGAUAUGGAUGACAGUAGUCAGGGGCUGGAGGAUGAUGAUGACGAUAAAGCUCAUGGCUUUAAGUCGCUGACCACAUCAAAAAUUGUCCCGCGAUUUACAAGACCUGUCUCAAACUUGGUUGAUGGAUUAUGGAUGUCCUGUGACCGAGCCCUAAUGCGACAACCUGCUUUACGUCUUGGACUAAUCCUCUAUUGGGCUGUGUUGCACGCCAUGCUUGCUACUUUAGUAGUCUGAGAUUCUAAACAACUGUCCUGCAGGUCUCUGAUGAUUCUAGGUUUGACAUCACAGCUUCAGGUGUGGCUGAGAUAGAUUUAUAAGCUGUCAUAUGUAUAAUCAUAUAGAUCGAUCGUUCUUUCAUCAUUCGUGGGCCAGUGAACUGUGAUUUCCUCGCUUUUACAACACGAAUCACAGAUGGCUUGGUGUUUGUUCAAUAAGAAGAGAAGUUUUAAAUAGGAGGACGUGAAUACAUGCAGUGGAGAAUUAGAUGAUUAUAGUUGACAGAAUUUAUUCUCCUGUUUUUAGUUGUAGCAUGACUAGCAAAUGUGCCCUUGGUUUUGUUCAUUCUCUCUGUGGAAUUGGGAUUUUGUUGUAUGAUGAUUGAUGAUGCAUCCAUCGCCCAUAUAUUAUUGCUCUAGUGCUGGAUCAUCAAAAUCAAAAUGUUGUACCAUUUGACACUUUCUAAGAUGGGAUAUUUCCCCUGGUAUAUACAUGUACGCUUUUAA